AUGUUCGGGUACGUUAUUAUCUUAUUUACUUUACAGAAAUUUACGACUUCAUUUGGCUAUAAUGCACAUAAUGCACAUCAUCAAGGAUCUAUUGUUACGGCUAUGGUACAAGUUGGUUUUUGUAUUGGAAGACCAUUGGCUGGUUUGCUUGCAGAUUAUUACGGGCCUGCUACUGUUACUUUCAUUGCUUAUUAUAUUUCAUCAAUACUUGCAUUAGCCAUGUGGUUACAUUCAGGGAACUAUGCUAAUACAAUUGUUUUGCAAUUCUCGAAGGCCUAUUUAUUGGUGCCAUAUAUUCAACUAUUGCCCCCACGCCUGCUAGACUAG